AUGCAAUACAAUCUCUUUCGAUCUCAACGAAGGGUAAUUUUAAGUGGCGUGGUAAAUUUGAGGAUCUUCAAGAAUUUAUCUUGUCGUCAAUCGUCGCCAGGAGGCAACUCAAAGCUUUUCGAGAACGAAGCGGUCAAAAUUAGAUGGUAUGUGAAUACGUCCUCGCUUACUAUUAAAGGAAUUGAUUGUGAACAGCUGAAGGACAAAUUGCGAGCAAUUGCUAGGACAGAGUCUGAUGAAGAUGAUGCUAUAUCGUUGAUCGACAAAAACAACCUCGACAUUGGCAUACAUAAUGAAGUCGAAAGGUCAAUCAUUAUUGAAGGCGAAGACUUCUCAACUCGUAAACUCAAUUCAAGCUCUCAAGUAAUUGACUUAUCAACGCAACCAAAUCAUAGUUUAAUCUGCAGUGAACUUGUAGAGAAAAUAAAGGAUUUGGAACUGGACGUUAACAUCAAAAUCAGUGCGUUAAUUAACGCAAGAAGUAUCUAG